AACGUUGUUACAACAAGGCCCGCUCUGCUUUGCCUGUCGCCGCGGCUGUUGUUGCUGCCUAGCACACUUUUGUUCAGCCACUGACCUGUUUGAGGUGUCAGUCUUUUCAUUAGCUCUGAGGCGUGUUGAUCGUGAGUCGAUGGUGGUAGCAGUGUUAGCUCCCAAUUCAGUUUGAAAACGUGGAUUGUGUUCACAAGGAAAAAAUAGAAAAAAAAAAACAGAAGUGCAUUCAAAACUGAAGAGCCGUUCUUCAAGUUUUCUUUGUAAUAAUUUAAAAAAAUAUAUAUAGUGCUUAAAAAGCCCAUUUUAUUUACACCCACUCACAACUACUAACACACACUACUCACAAUGACCGUUGAAGCUCUCUACAAUCGUCCCGGUCCCAAUCGCCUCGUACAGUGUGAUGUCUACAGGACGACAGAUGUGACGCAAGCCGUCAAGUUGCGAAUUGCCAAGGAUGGUUUGGGUGCCGAAGAGCCCAUUUCCAUUCCCGGUCUGUUGAAACGUACCGUCAACAAUUAUCCCGAUUUUCCUGCCUUGAGGACCAAGAAUGCCAAAAAGGAAUAUACCACGGUGACUUAUAGACAAUAUGAACAAAAAGUCCACCAGGUGGCCAAGGCUUUCAUGAAGUUGGGCCUGGAACCCCAUAAUGCUGUCGGUGUUUUGGCCUUCAACUGUGCCGAAUGGUUCUACUCGGCCAUGGGCGCCAUUCAUGCUGGCGGUGUCAUUGCCGGCAUCUACACCACCAAUUCGCCCGAAGCCUGCAUGCAUGUCCUUGAGGACUCACAUGCCCAAAUUGUUGUGGUCGAUGAUGCCAAACAAAUGGAAAAAAUCCAUGCCAUCAAAGAUAAAUUGCCCAACUUAAAGGCAGCCAUUCAAAUCCAGGAGCCCUAUGCUCCAUUCAUGAAAAAGGAGGAUGGCUAUUACAGAUGGUCCGAAAUUGAAGCCAUGAAUGUUGCUGAUAUGGAAGAUGAAUUCAAGAAACGUUUGGAAAAUAUUGCCAUCAAUCAAUGCUGCUGCCUGGUGUACACUUCCGGCACCGUGGGCAUGCCAAAGGGUGUCAUGCUUAGCCACGAUAAUAUCACCUAUGAUUGCCGUGCCAUCACCAAAUCAUUGGAACGUGUUGUCGUUGGCUCUGAAGUCUUGGUCUCCUAUUUGCCAUUGUCGCAUGUGGCUGCCCAGACGGUCGAUAUCUAUACCAUGUGUUCGAUUGCCGGUUGCAUCUAUUUUGCCGACAAGGAUGCCUUGAAAGGUACUUUGGUCAAAUCAUUGCAAGAUGCUCGUCCAACGAGAUUUAUGGGUGUACCACGUGUCUAUGAGAAAUUCCAAGAACGCAUGGUGGCCGUUUCAUCGUCCAGUGGUAGCAUGAAGAAAAUGUUGGCCAGCUGGGCCAAGGGUGUCACAUUGAAGCAUUACAUGGAGAGUCAGGGCAAAAAUGGCGGCUUCCGUUACAAGAUUGCCAAAUCGUUGGUCAUGUCCAAGGUCAAACAAGCCUUGGGUUUGGAUCGUGUCAUUACAUUGGUCAGUGCUGCCGCUCCCAUGUCCCCAGAAACCAAAAAAUAUUUCCUCAGUUUGGAUAUGAAAAUUUUGGAUGCUUUCGGUAUGUCUGAGACAGCCGGUUGCCAUUCGCUGUGCUUGCCCGAUACCACACAAUUGACCUCCAUUGGCAAGACAUUGGGUGGCUGUGAAACCAAAAUCAUCAACAAGGAUGACAAUGGUCAUGGCGAGAUCUGCAUUCGUGGUCGCCACGUCUUCAUGGGCUACAUCAAUAACAAGGAAAAGACCGAAGAGGCUUUGGAUGAUGAAUGCUGGUUGCACUCCGGCGAUGUGGGUUAUGUCGAUGACAAGGGUUAUGUCUACAUUACUGGCCGUUCCAAGGAAAUCAUCAUCACGGCCGGUGGUGAAAAUAUUCCUCCCGUACACAUUGAAAACUUGAUCAAGAAGGAAUGUGAUGGUCUGUCCAAUGCCUUCCUGGUUGGUGAACAACGUAAAUAUUUGACUGUGUUGGUGACAAUUAAGACCGAAAUGGACAAGGAUACCGGUGCUCCUUUGGAUGAACUGACCCACGAGUCCCUGAUGUGGAUGAAAUCUUUGGGUGUCAAUCACAAGACCCUCAGCGACAUCCUGAAUGCCGGCCCCUGUCCCAAGGUGUUCAAAUCCAUCGAAGAUGCCAUUAAGCGCGCCAACAAACAUUCCAUUUCCAAUGCCCAGAAGGUACAGAAAUUCACCAUCUUGCCACAUGACUUCUCCAUUCCAACCGGUGAGCUGGGACCCACUUUGAAGGUCAAACGUAAUGUUGUCAACAAGCAAUACGAAGAUGUCAUUGAGAAAAUGUAUGCCUAAGAGAGGCAUAAGAAAUACUGUGUAUAGCUUCCCGUCCCUCCCUUAGCAAAAAAAAACAAAGUCCCCUCCCCCAAAUUUUGGUUGCCAAAGAAAAUAUUUUUCUUGGGCCGCCAAGAAAUAGAAAAAAAAACAACAACAACAACAACAACAAGAAUUUGAUUUUAAAACCAAAAAACCAAACGCCGGACAUGGGUCUGGUAUUUAUUAUUUAUUACAUAAUUUUUUUUGACUAUAUAAAUAAAUAUAAAUAUAUAUAAUAUAAUUGUUAUUAAUUUUUGUAUGAAAUUGUUAUGGAUUUUUAUACAGUCGUAAUUAAUUAUAAAUUAAAAAAAAAAUGUUAAUUAAAUGAAAUUUUGUUAUUGAUGAAUUUACCAAAAAAAUGAGAAGAGAAGAGAGAAAAUGUAGAAAUGUAAAGAACAUCCUUCGAGGAUGGUAAAAAAUUCCGCCCGUUUAAUGCCCUAAUCACCCAAACACCAAUACCAGCUUACCUUACACAUUACCCAGAGUUGUGUGGUAAUCACUGAUUCCUUAGCCAUGAAGACUUGUACCUCUCUUGUGAAUAGGCUUAGUUAAUUUCCUUUCCUUUUAUUUUUGUUUUGCUCCAUGAUUUUAAUUUUAAGUAUA